CUAGUUGACAGUGAAAACUUCCAUACAAUCACAUCACCUCAUCUUUCUUGCCAUCUUUACUAUUCUUAGUAUUUUAGCUAGUAGUAACUAUAUAUAGUAUCUUUUAGAAGUUCAAGAAAGCCGCACUCUUACUAUAUCAACUUAAGUGGCAGGUAGCUGAAGGCUCUGAUCACAAGAAUACUUCAGAUUCUGAGCUGCAGAGAGAGAUAUGGAGGUAGCAAUGUCCUUACCAAUAGAGCUACUAAAGCAGAGGAAUGAUCAUGGAAUGUGCUUUUCUAGUGAUCUUAGCUGCAGUCUGAAUGCAAGAGACAGGAAAAUUGUUUGUGUCACCAGUGGAAACUCCUACUUUGGUUCUCACUUGAUCAAGAAGCUUUUGGCAUGCGGUUACCUUGUUCGGGUUACCAUUCAAAAUCAAGCUAAUCUUGAGGACAUGAAGGAGCUGAUGAGAGAAGAAAUGGAGCAAUUGGAAAGUGUUGUGGUGGCAAGAAUGGGUGAUUUAGAGAGCCUCUGUAGUGCUUUUAGAGGUUGCCAUGCUAUAUUCCACACAUCAUCUUUUAUUGAUCCACAUGGGAUCUCUGGAUACACGGCCUCUGCUCUCCUUGGUCCCCAAUCCCAGGGUGUGACCUUUUUGAGGAGUCCUGUCAAUGGCACUGCAAUAAGCGAGUAG